AUGACCGACCUCGUUCCUAGAUCUGCCCCCCUCAAGGAAGAAGAUGCCGAAUCGUCACCGUCACCGUCAACGACAACGACAACCUCGACUCCAACGCCGUCGAAUGUGCAGGAAACUUUGUAUCUGCACGAUCUCGAGUUGAUGAUGUACUGGUGUACAACGACGUACCGGUCGAUGGCCCGCGAUAAUGUGGCGGAGGCGCUGUGGCAGACGGUGAUCCCCCAAUUAUCGCUACGCUUCCCGUCCCUGCGUCAUGGGCUGCUGGCCCUAUCGGCGCUCCAACUAGCGGGGAUCAGUACCAGCCCGGGCCGCAAAUGGCGUUAUCUGGUCUCGGCCCGCGAGCAUCAAAGUCAUGCUCUCGCAGGCAUUUCGCUGGACGGAGUGCAGGACCUCACUAAUGCGCAAUGCAAUGCCACUUUUGCGCUUUGCGCGGUUUUGCUGGUCUUUGCAUAUGCAUAUUGCUUGAUCGAUGACGAAACGGGAGAUCAUGACGAACAGCCGGAUGUUCUAGACGAGUUUCUCGAGGUGUUUGAGCUCACGCGCUGGCUGGUCAGCGCAAUGAUGAUGACCAUGGACCGAGUGGCAGCUGGCGAGUUGUAUCCACUCGUAAGUCCCGAGAAAACUCGGCCGACCAUGCCAGAUAUGUCCCAACUGGUGGUGUCAAGUCUGCGCCGGCAGAACGAGAGCGAGUCCCAACUCGACCCGACCCAUGAGAAGGAGGUGUACGACCAGGCGAUUGACUAUCUGCGGAGCGCACUCGAGCAGCUGAUGAAUGGAGGCGAGCCGAAGGACUUUGCUUUUUGCUGGGCCUUUCGCAUCCCCGUCAGGUACCAAGAGCUGGUGCGCGAGCGGAAACCAUUUGCUCUCGUAGUUUUGGCCCAUUACGCCGUCAUCCUGCACCAUCUGCGCGAUUCCUGGUGGAUGGGAGAUUGGGGCAUUCGUAUUCUUCGCCUUGUCGAUGCCUGUCUCGACCCGCAGUUCCGUCAUUUGAUUAGCUGGCCUAUCGAUGCCACAGGCGGGUACUUUUUUGUUGAGGAGUGA